CCAUAAGGCCUUUUUCACAGACUGCAGUGAGAGUGAGAUAUCGAUGCUCUGCGACUGCGCAUUAUAUCUGCCAUUUUACGUAUUUCAGAGAGCCUUUAUUUGCACCCAUCUUUUUAAGAAAAAAGAUUGAAUAGCCGUGUCCGGGUUUUCGUGGAUUUUGUUUUGUCUUUGUUCUGAGUAAAUGAAAUAUUUCCUCCGUUCAGUUUCUUGUCGUUGUGUUCGUCUUCUCCGCUGCCUGCCAAUUCCGUAGAAGAAGAAGAAUAAUAAUAUCCCUGUUUCCUUCAUCCCCUCACCCUGUGAUUGUGAUACAUACACACUCUCUACUUACUUGUCGCAACAGCACAGAAAUCAGAAUUUUAGAUUCACGAUGGUGUUGGGAUGGCGACGACCCUUUUGUACAUCGAUCCCUAGAGAUCGUGACUCCUCCUCCUCCGCCAAGGACAAGCCGCAAGAGCAACAGACUACGACGCUUCCUAGUCCCAGGCUUGGUGCCUCAAGGUUCGCUUUCUUUUCUAAUCCUUCUACGCCGCGCUUGCAGUCUCAUCCGGUUUCUACGUCCGGUCUUCGUUGCCGGACUACGGUGACUCCGCCGCCGUCUUCUGUCCCUGAGAGUCCAAAGCUCCAAUCCAAAAGCCCUAGGUUUUUCCAGCGCUCUAAUCCGUCUUCUCCCCGCUCGCCUUCCGCCUUUUCUAUCCUCAAGUCCAGCCUUCGUCUCUCUAAGCAGAGUAGGUGUGGGAUAUGUUUACGGACGGUGAAAUCCGGGCAAGGCACGGCCAUAUUCACGGCGGAGUGCUCUCACAGCUUCCACUUUCCCUGCGUUGCUGCUCAUGUUAAGAAACAAGGCAGCCUCUUAUGCCCCAUUUGCAGCUCCCCGUGGAAGGAAUUGCCUGUGCUUUCUGUUCAGGAUGAUCCGAUUAAGACGGUGAAGGUGGAGGAGGAGACGAUUCCACAAGUGUCGCCGAAAGGAAAUAUGGAUGUUCGUGUUAAGAGUGAUGGCAAUAAGCCUCACGGGAGGGGAGUUUUAAAGGUCUACAAUGACGAUGAACCGUUGAUGUCGCCGACUUCUGGUGCACGGUUUAACCCGAUACCGGAGUCCGAUGAGGAGAACGAGAGUGAGGUUGAGGAGUUUCAGGGAUUUUUCUUGUCGAAAGUGAGCCCUGUGAAGCAUGCGGUGGCCGGUUUGAAUGCUGUUGAAGCGAGGCUUUUGCCUGAGGCGGUUGUGGUGUCUGCUGGGAGGAGUCACGAAACGUAUGCGAUAGUUCUGAGAUUGAGAGCUCCGCCGGCGUCCACCAUGGCCGCUCGUAGAGCUCCGAUUGAUUUGGUGGCGGUGCUUGACGUCAGCGGGAAAAUGACAACUGAGAACAUUCAGAUGAUGAAGCGUGCUAUGAGGCUGGUGGUGUCGUCACUGUCCGCCGCCGAUAGACUCUCCAUCGUGGCGUUCUCCGCGACAUCGAAGAGAUUGUUGCCGCUGCGACGGAUGACGACGACCGGCCGGCGAUCCGCGCGUCGGAUAGUCGACGCGAUAGUGAGUUUGGAAGGAUCCGCGAGUGCAAUCGACGCUCUGAAGAAGGCCGCGAAGGUGCUAGAAGAUCGCCGCGAGAGAAACUCCGCCGCCAGUAUCCUCCUAUUGUCGGAUUGUCAUUACGAUCGCUCCGUUGCUAACUCCAUCUACCAGAGACGUCAAUCUCCCAUUGUAUCAUCUUCCAAGCUCUUCGGCCACACGGAGAUUCCAGUACAUUCCGUCGCACUGAAUGACGCCUCCUCCGGGUUCGGAUCCGGGUACGGUAUGUCAGAAUCCGGAUUAACCAAAUGCAUCGGAGGUUUACUAAACGUGGUGGCUCAUGAUCUCCGUGUACAGCUGGGUUUCGUAUUCGGUUCCGCCCCCGCAGAAGUCGCCGCCGUUUACUCUAACGGCGACCGGCCGGUUUCUCACGGUUCCGGUUUAAUCCGGCUUGGAGAUUUUUACGCGGAGGAAGAGAGAGAAUUGUUGGUUGAACUGAAAGUCCCAUCAUCCGCUAUUGGGGCCCACCACGCACUGUCCGUUCGAUGCUCUUACCAAGACCCGUCAACUCAAGAGCUCAUCCAGUGCAAAGAACAAGCGCUGUUGGUCCCGCGUCCGCAGGCCGUUAGAUCAUCCAGCGAGAACAUCAGACGGCUCAGAAGCCUCUUCGUGUCCACGCGAGCCGUAGCCGAAGCCAGGCGAUUAGCCGACCGCAACGACUUCACCGGCGCGCACCACAUGCUGUCCUCGGCUCGAGCCUUGCUGCUGCAGUCCAACUCCGGCCACGCCGACGAGUUCAUCAGCGGCUUGGAAGCCCAGCUCUCGGAGCUGCAUUGGAGAAGGCAAAACCAACCUCAGCAGAUCCAACGCCGCAGAACCAGCGGAGAAAGAGAGGACGAGAAAGCCGAGCCUCUCACGCCAACAUCGGCUUGGAGAGCCGCGGAAAUGCUAGCUAAAGUGGCUAUCAUGAGAAAGUCGUUGAACAGAGUCAGCGACUUACACGGCUUCGAAGACGCCAGAUUUUAGACCUCAUUUUUUAUUAUUAUUAAUGCAUAUUACUCCGUAGUUAAGAUUAGAUUAGAUUUAAGAAUAUAAUAAUAUGUAGAAAUAAAUUUAGAAAAAAAAAAAAGAAGAAAAGACCAAAAAAGCGUAUAUCAUAAUAGGGACAAAGGCCAGAAGAGGUACCCGACGGCUCGGCGCUUUCUGCAAGUUAUGAUUGAUUGAUUGAGGCAGAGAGGAAUGGAGGGGGGCUCUCUACUUUGUCUUUAUUUUCAUUAUAAAUUUCAUUUUCAGUAAUGUUAUUAUAUAUAUUUAUCUGUAGACUGUAGAUGCUGGAAUGAAAUGAUAUCUCUAUUGCAGAAUAUAAAUAUGGAAUUGAACAGAAGAAAUACUUUUCAA